ACAAAUCAUAACAUAAAGCAGGCGCUCACAACGCUUGUAAAUGACAGACAGAACAAUUGGGACACGUACUUGAAGGGAGUUUUGUUCGCGUUGCGAUCGAAAGUCCACACAUCCACGAAGCAGACUCCCUUUCGCCUGCUGUAUGGAAGGGAGGCCGUUUUUCCUGCUGAACUACCUGUGCAUGUGCCGCUGUCCAUAACACUCCCAGAGGAAGCAACAUACAAUGCGUGUAUUGAAGGCAGAGAAGAGGAAAUGAAGACGACACACUCCAAAGCAGAAAAAAAAAUGGCUCAGGCACAUGAAAAGCAGAGGCUUGCCUAUGCAAAAAAAACCUUAAAGAAAUAUAGAGCAGUGUCGUAUAGCAUUGGACAGGAAGUGCUUCUGUUCAACAUGAGGAAGAAGGGAAGAAAGGGGGGACGGAUUGAGCCAGACUUCAGUGGACCGUACACCAUUGAGGCAAUUAAUGGCAAACUUGCCACACUGGCCAAUUUGAAAGGUAAGGCCAAAAUCAGACUACUCUACCAACAAAAGCCCACAGAAGGAGGUGGCACCCGAAACGAGGCCUGUCAGGCCUUCGGUUAUAGUUUAUGCACCUCCAUGCCAGUUAAUACUCUGUGGGCUUCAGAGGAUAAGGGCCACGUUCAAGCAGUUGUUGGCCCUUAUAAACUGUAUGAUACCUCCUUUCGCACCCUCGAAGGGACUAAUUGGCUGUCAGAUGAAGUUAUAGACGCAUAUUACAAAGUGCUUGUGAUGAAAGAGAAGAACACUCCUGUGCAUCAUAUCAAUGCUGUUGUGGCAUCUGCACUGUUUGUUCAUGGUAGAUUUGAGACUCUAAGAAAGAUGAAAUUCCCCACAGAGGAUACAUGGCUGUGUCCCCUAAAUGUCGGCGCUCACUGGAUUCUACUGGUCAUUCACAUUACACAAAGACAACUAGUGCUGAUCGACCCGCUGUCAAAUGAGGGAACAUAUCAGCGGAAAGUUCUCCAAAACUGGAGGAACUUCUUGAGGAGAGUGGAAAAAAUGGAAAAUGAAAAGUGGUCAAUUGCAACACUAGAGCACAAAAGACAGCAAGACUCUUGCAGCUGUGGGGUUUUGAUUUUAAUGUUUGCUGAAGCCUAUCUCCUCAACAGAGUCUUGAGCCACAUCGAAACCUCUCCAAAUGAAAUGGAAAAGGCUCGUUUUGCUGUGGCUUGCACGCUUCUACAGAAUUCGGAUAAAUAA